UAUGUAGCCAUAUACUUAAGAUAUAGGUAGGUCCAAAAAUAUAUUAUUAUUGCAUUGAUGCUUAGCAAUUAACAAUUGAACGUUACUUGUUAAAUGUAGAGGGCAUAAUAUUAAUUAUAAAAUCCAGUAUAAUAACAUCAUAGCAUAUUAAGUAUUAAUGGUGAGUUUAAAAUAUGGUAUUUUAUUAUGUUUUGUACCUACAUAUUACACUACAUAGGUAGUUGCAGAAUUUAUCUGCUUAACUAAAUAUUAAACCACCAAUAUAGGCUAUACUUAUAGGAACUUAAUAACUUCCCUAUCCAGUAAUAUUUAUAUAAUAUAAUAUAGUAUCUGUACUCUGUAGCAGUACUUAUGGACUGAUAUUAAUGUUGUCGAUGAACAGUGAUGUAUCCUAUUUAGUAUACAAAUUGUACAAAUUUGCACAAUUUGUGUGCUUAAUUAAAUAUAUAACCGCCAAUAUAAUAUGCUGAGUAGCUACCUAUUUAAUUACCUCAAAUAUAUCAUAAAAGUAUUAUAAUAUACUAUCUGUAAGAGUAUUCGAACGCUGUCAAUAAACUAAGACUUGAGCUUAAAUAUAUUAUGAAUAAAGGUUUGGCUUUGGUAAUGACUAUUGACUACCAAGGACAAAACAAUAAUAUGUACAAUAAUAUAAUGCAUUAUUUAUUAAAUUAAGAUCAAACAAAAAACAGUAGGUAUAUCAGUACUAAAUUCAUGUUGUGCGUCGAAACUUAAAACGAAUGACACCACCACGAAUUAAGAUAUAUUAAGUAUAUCUUAAUUCGUGGACACCACUAUACGAAGGAUCGACUGAUUUGAAGACGAUCGGUUUGAAAACGCGAUUUUGAAGUGUUUAAAAAGUCAAAAUGAAUCGAGAAUCACGAAAAAACGAUAAAAAUGACUGACGGCCGACGUCUAGAAUUGAAGCGAUUAGGAAGGCUAUGAACCGAUUUCGCGUACAUAUUAUUGCGUAUCGGCGGCUUUGAAAUCAAACGAACUACGCGAAUAAAGUAUAGUUAUGGAGGUGAAAAUGGUCGAAAAGCGGAAAAUGGUGUAAAAAGAGUAACAUUUUCAAAAAACGUUAAAAUAUUAUCAAAAAUAAUAAACAGCUGAACUGAUAACAAAAUAAUUUGAUGUGGGUUUUUCCAUUUUCUUCAAUUUUGUGCCGCCGCUAUUCGGUAAAAACAAAACAAACACAAUAGCCGCUGCGCGUGUCGCGUCUCGUCUUCAGCGCCUAAUAUCAUUUCACAACAAUUCACUCGUCGUCAUUCGCACUCAUCGCCAUUUGCACUCGUCGCUCACUCUUUCAAUAAAAUUUCGAUUGCCAUUCCAUAUUGCAAGUAUGUGGACUGUUGUUAAUUUUGAAGCUGAUAAUACGGUAGACGUUGUACCAGACUUUUGGUUCAAGAAUGGUUUUUGUGAAUGGCCUAAUAAAACCAAUAGAAUGGAUACCAAAACAACAAUUAAACGUAGGAUUAAACCUGAUGAAAUACAUUUUAAAAAAUAUAAAGCAAGGAUUAUGUUGACCAACAUUGCUAGCUUUCAAGAAGCUGAAUCCAAAGCAACCAAGGCACAAGUAAAUUCAGAAUUGUCAUCUAAUGAAGAUCAUAUUAAGGCUACAAAAACUGUCAAAAGGACCAAAAAUAACAUACCCACAGAAACAGUUGUAUCAAAAUUACCAAAUCCUCCAGUAUACUCUGAAGAAUCUGAUAACGAAUCAGUAGCAGAUGAUUCCGAUAAGGAUAUAAGUUAUAGACCAGGAAAUAUAUUUGACACGACAUCGUCACAUGAUUCAAAUAAUCAAUCUCUUGAAAAUGAAGCUGAAACCACUGGUACUGGGGAAAUUGUUUUAGAAGCUACCACUGAUAUUCAUGAAUUUUCUGGAUCAGCACAAAAAAAAAUGAAAAUGUCUUACAAAAAUGAUCAUUCAUUAUCAACCCAGGAAAACCACAUUUCAGAACAUAGCUUAUUUAUUUCACCAUCAACUGCUGCAGAAAAUGAAACUGAUCAAUCUUUCAAAAAAUUCAUAAAAAGAUCUCUUACAACUCUAAAAUAUGAUGUUGAAAAUAUUCAUAAACGUAUGGAUGUUUUUGAAUCCAUACUGGAGAAGAUUGAUGACAAGCUUUCGGGAAAGUCAAACGGUUUUGCUGAAACUUAUGCCACUCAUGAAGACAUUACUAUAAUUGAAAAUGACACAGAUCUUAAUCAAAUGGAAAACAGAUUAGUUAAUGAUUCUUUAUACAGAUCUUCUGUGGUCAAAACUUUAUCUCGAUUUUUGAGCAACUCUUUGCCAGAAACCAUCCGCAAAAUGAUGCAGACAUUGUUUAGUGACACAUUUCUCAUGAAUUACUCUUACAUUGGUUUCAAGGGAAAAAAUCAAUUUUCUACUUUACAAAGUUGCAGUAUUAUAUUUGAAGCAGUCCGUUCUAUAAAAAAAUUUGCAGACAUUCCAAAUAUGGAAGUAGAAAAACCAUUGAAGAAUUGGAUGGCUCAAGCUUCACAGAGAGAAAAACUUAAAAAACAAAAAAAUGAACUUGCCAAUAAUUAAAAAACCAAAUAAAUCCAUUGAUUAAUU